AUGUCCUGGAAGAAGUUAGAAGGAGCAAUCCAAAUAUCAAGGAAGCUUUCAUACGGUCAGAUAACGCCGGAUGUUAUCGCUGCACAACUUAUCCUUUCAAUUCCGGCUAUACCAAAGAGAGUUGGCAUAAACGUUCGACGUUACGAUUUCAGCGAUCCCCAGUCUGGAAAGGAUAUUUGUGAUCGACGUAUCGCCGUAAUGAAAAGUUAUAUGCAUCGGUAUCUCAACGAAGGAAAUGACAUUAAUUCGGCAUCAGAUAUGAAGAGAGCACUUGAUUCGUAUGGUAAUGUCAAAAGCUGUAGGGUUGCCGCCGUUGAUGUCGAUGUAUCAAAACAGGUCAUGACUGAUCAUAAGUGGAAGGGAAUACAGUCACUGAAUAACUUUGAAUUUCUGAGUACAGGAAUACGAGUCUGGAAAGCGUUUAGAGUUGGCAAAGGUAAACUUCUGAAGAACAAAGUGCUCAAAGAUAUGGCAAGCCCCCAGCCAAGCACAGGCCUUUGCGUUAUCGAAACAUUCAGUGAUCCGAAGGAAGAUAAGGGUGUGUUUAAGAGAAUCCGAAAAGAAAACAGAUUGACACAGGAGGCGGCUGAGAAAUCAGAUGGUACUCCCUCAAACGAUAUAAGUACAGCUAGAGGUUUCAACUGCCCAGAUGUUAACUGCAUCAAAGUAUUUGUAUUCAGUAGCGCCCUUGAUCGACAUCUUGAAUCUGGAAAGCACAUGUACCGAGCACACCAUGAAUCAUCCGUUGACUCCAUUAAAAGAAAAUGGAUACAAGCUUGCACAUCUGUAGGCACUGGCGCAAAUGGUGCCAGAGACCUAGAGAAUAACACUCUUCAUGAAUGCAGUGGUGUAGCUAAGGCUAGUGCAGAAGUGGGCUGGGCGUUAAAGAAGUCUAAAACCAGAGGUCGUUACUCAGAACAUUUAAAAGCAUAUUUAAAGAAAUUGUUCUUGGAAGGAGAGGAAACAGGAAGAAAGGCAAAUCCAUCAGAUGUGUCAUCAGGAAUAAAGAGCCUGAAAACUGAUGAUGGCAAAAGUAAAUUAUUUGAAUGUUCGGAUUGGUUGACAGCGCAACAGGUCAAGAGCUACUUUUCAAGAUUAAGUGUUCUCAAUAAAUGCGGUAAACUCCACGCAGAUGAUAUUGCUGAUGAUGAAAUUCAGGUGCUGGAGGAAGCCUUGGUACGACAGGAGAAAGUAGAUGCUAUCCAUUGUGCUAUAGAAUUAUAG